AUGCGUUCUGUCGCUACACAGUCGUUGGGCGUGCUCGUGGCACUGACGCAUCUUGUGCUAGGCAUCGACGCCCAAACUACAUCACAACAGGUCUACGAACCGCCUGCGGCAUCUAGCGGAGCAGUUUCGCAGCAGUCUAAUCUCACCAAUGGUGUCAAUCCUCAGUAUGCCGACCUUCUUGGCAACGCGCUUUGGUUCUACGAGGCGCAACGAAGCGGUGCUCUCCCCGCCGACAAUCGCGUGCCUUGGCGCAACAGCAGCUGCGAGAACGACGGCUCGCUCAACAAUACUGACUUGUCUGGUGGCUACUAUGAUGCAGGUGACUAUAUCAAGGCCACCUAUCCAUUCUGCUGGACCGUGACGUCCAUCGCCUGGAGUGCGCUGAGCUUCGGUUCGGCGUACGCAAGGAGCUCGCAGGACGCAUAUCUCGACUCAACACUUCGAUGGGGCCUUGACUGGCUUUCAAAGGCACAUUCGGAUCAAAACACCUUAUGGGUCCUCGUCGGCAACCCUACCAUCGACGACCAGUAUUGGGGUGGAGAUCGCAACAUUCCAGAUCCGCGACCCUCGUACAGCGUGACACGACAGAACCCAGGAACCGAUGCCUUUGCCUCGUGUGCUGCCGCCUUUGCCGCAUCGGCCUACCUGUACAGCGGUCGAAGCGCCUCGCUUCCAACCAGCGCAGGCGGUGCCCAGCUCGGAGGGGUACCCAGCAUCCACAACCAAACCUACUCGGAAGCCCUGCUGCGCCACGCCGAAGGACUCUGGGACCUCGCCAUCAACAGCUCGCCAAAGCAGGUCUACUCGAUGGCACAACCCGUAGCUGGCCAAAGCUACCCGUCGAGCGACUACGAGGAUGAUCUCGCUUUUGCCGGUCUGUGGAUGGCAUUGGCCAAAGCCGAUGCUAGCUACGCCAACCAGGGUCUCGCCUUUUAUCCCAAUGGUAGCAAUGCCUUUGCAAGCAUCAACGCUGCGCUCAACUGGGAUCGCAAAGUGGCCGCCCUUCCUGUCCUUGCGACCCAGCUGGCUCAGCACAAUGCCUCGAUGAAUCUCGAUAUGUCGCGCUUCCAGAACGACGCCGAGUCGUACUUUGACCGCCUGACGGACGGCAAGAUGCAGUACGUCAGCCAGACGAGAGGUGGUCUUUACUGGUGGAAGGGCGACAGCGAUGCUGCAAGUCUCAAUCCUGCCCUCAACGCUGCCUUUAUCGCUGAUCUUUACUCGGGCUUCGCUACGACCUCGGCCAAGACGAGCGCCUAUCGAUCGCUCGCCGACUCACAAGUCGACUAUCUUCUUGGAGACAACAACUACAACGGGCCUUACGUGGUCGGACAGCAUCCCAACAGCCCUCAAAACCCUCACUCGGCCAUGGCAUCUGGCGGAAAUGAUAUCACCAACGUCAACAACAGCCCGCCCCAAGAAUUACAUGUGCUGUAUGGUGCUGUGGUUGGAGGACCCGACAAGCAGGAUCGUUUCUUCGAUAUUCGAGACGACUGGCCUCAGACAGAGAUUGCACUCGACUACAACGCUCCACUGGUAGCUGCAGCCGUAUCGCGCAUCGCUAGAAACGUGACGAAAGAUCCGCCUUAUACCACAUCCAGCGGGAGUGCCAACGUAGCCCAGGGGCGACCCACCGAUGCAGCAUACCCCGCUAAGAGCGGCGGACUCAGCCAAGGCGCAAAAAUUGCGAUUGCUGUGAUCGUCGUUGUUGUUGUGCUUGCCGCGAUUGGCGGUCUGUGUUGGUGGCAGCGCCAACGUAUCCGGUGGUACUUUCGCCAGAAGAAGAUGGGUCUAUAG